AUGGCAGCCCCAAGAGAUGGCCAGGGAUCAUUUUUUGACACCAUGAGGACGCAGGGCGGAGUGGUUAUCCAAGAGACCCCUAAGUUUGACCUUGAGUCCUACAUCCAAAACUACAAAGGUCCUACCAGAUUGGAUCGUCUUUUGCUGAUCGGCCAAUGUUCCGUUGCCCUGCACCUGGACGCACUCAAAGCCGCUGUCGCGGAGGCCCAGAAGAGCCAUGAUGUCAGCCGGUACAAGGCGGCCUGGGGCUACCUGCAUUUGGCUGCUCCAGACGACCCCGAAUUCCGCUUCAACAAGACCUGGGUGGAGCGCACAGAGGUCGCCAACGCUGCAGAGACGAAGCGCCUCGAGCGCGAGAUGAAGGUGUACAAGAACAAUCUUGUCAAGGAGAGCAUCCGCAUGGGAAACGAAGAACUGGGCAAGCACUAUGAGGCCAUUGGUGACCUGGUCUCGGCCAACGAGGCGUACAACCGGAUGCGGCCCGACGUCAGCACUCCGAAGCACAUUGUCGACCUUGGCAAGCACCUUGUCAGCGUGGCCAUGCAGCGGAAGGAAUGGGUGACAGUGGUAAACCAGCUGAACAAAAUCACGGGCCUUCAGGGCACCGAUGAGGAGAAGCUGAUGCAGCCCUACAUCAAGUCCAUGUCCGGCGUGGCUUUGCUGGGCCAGGGGCACUUUGAAGGCGCGGCCAAGUGCUUUUUGGAGGUGGACAGCGGCAGUGCGUCGAUUGCGGCCGUGACGGACGGCUUCUUGAGCGCCAACGAUAUUGCCGUGUAUGGCGGCUUGCUGGCCCUGGCCACGAUGGACCGCACAGAGCUGCAGACAAAGGUGCUGGAGAACAGCAAGUUUCGCGUCUUCCUGGAGCUGGAGCCGCACAUUCGCCGCGCCAUUGCACAGUUUGUCAACGGCCGCUACGCGGCCUGCCUGUCGAUCCUGGCGUCCUACCGCCCAGACUACAUGCUGGACAUCUUCCUGCAGCGACACGUUGGUGCCAUCUACACCCGGAUCCGCAACAAGUGCAUCACCAACUACCUCAUCCCCUAUUCGUGCGUGACACUCGAGAGCAUGAACGCGGCGUUUGUCGAGCCUGGCAAGUCCAUUGAGACGGAGCUGGCCGCCAUGAUCGAGAGCGGCCUGGUCAAUGCCCGCAUUGACUCGAUCAACAAGCUCGUUCGGACCGUCAAGGAGAAGCCUCGCGUGACGCUGCACAAGGACGCGCUGGAAUCGCUGUCCCGGUUUGAGACGGACGCCAUCGACCGCCUGCGGAGAAUAAACAUUGUUGCUGCAGAACUCGAAGUACGCGGUCAGCGCAAGGGACAGAAUGCCUUGCCAGAGCUUGGCGAGAACUGGUUCGACUCGGCUACUCCCGUGGUAGAGUAA